AUGCCCGAACGUACCGAACACGAAGACCUCCACUCUACGACAUCGUCAGACGAUAUCGAGUCGCACGAUGAAGAUCAAACCAACGAUAAUGGGGAGGGUCCUAUGCGAUUAGAAAAACAGAGCACCGCGGCUUCGGGCCUCUCGGUUUUCGAACACCGUGCGCAGUCGGUGGUGUCGCGCAUUCGCAGUCGAGAUCCCGGCCAGACGGCCGGCUUCACUCACCCGCUGUCACAUACCAAGACCAGCCCCGACGUGAUUGUUGAAUUCGAAGGGCCGGAUGAUCCAUAUCGCCCUCUGAAUUGGAGUUUCAGGAAGAAGGCUGUGACGACGGUAUUGUAUGGAUUGACGACAAUGGGUGCGACAUGGGCGAGUUCGAUCUACUCAACAGGUCAAACACAGAUCAGCGAUGAAUUUGGCGUGUCAGUGGAGGUUUCAACAUUGGGUACUUCACUCCUUCUAUUCGGUCUUGGACUGGGUCCUUUAGUAUGGGCACCUCUAUCGGAGGUCUUUGGUCGCAAACCUGCUGUUCUCGCGCCGUAUUUCAUCGCAGCUAUCAUGUCAUUUGGCACCGCCACCGCCAAGGACCUACAAACAAUCAUGUUGACUCGAUUUUUCGCGGGUUUUUUCGGCUCUGCCCCGGUGACAAAUACGGGUGGUGUUCUCAGUGAUAUUUGGACCCCUGAACAGCGGGGUGCUGCGAUUGUUGGAUAUGCCAUGGCAGUGGUGGGCGGCCCUGUCCUGGGUCCCAUUGUUGGCGGAGCCAUUGUACAAAGCUACCUGCACUGGCGAUGGACUGAAUACAUUACCGGCAUCAUGAUGAUGUUCUUCCUUUUGCUUGAUCUUAUUUUCGUGGAUGAAAGCUAUCCACCUGUUCUAUUAGUCUAUAAGGCUCGCCGGCUACGUUUUGAAAGUGGCAACUGGGCUCUACACGCCCGACACGAAGAAUGGGAUGUCACAUUUAAAGAGCUUGGCAACAAAUACCUCGUGCGACCCUUUCAGCUCCUUACCACACCUAUCUGUUUCCUUGUUGCCUUAUACGCGUCCUUCGUAUACGGUAUUCUAUACCUAAGUCUGGCAGCCUUCCCGAUCGUUUUCCAAGAAAUCCGCGGUUGGAACCAAGUUGUCGGCGCUCUACCUUUCCUUGCCUAUCUCGUUGGUAUCCUCAUCGGAGCCGUAGCCAAUCUCUCGAAUCAACGCUUCUACAUCAAGCGCUUCAAAGCUAACAACAACCGCGCCGUUCCAGAAGCCCGACUUCCACCCAUGAUGCUGGGCUCGAUCAUGUUUGCCGCCGGCAUGUUCGUCUUUGGCUGGACAAGUCCCAAGCACAUUCAUUGGAUCGGUCCCAUAAUGGGCGCUGUCAUGAUGGGCUUCGGCUUUUUUACGAUCUUCCAAGCUGCACUGAACUACCUCAUCGAUACCUUCCAGAAAGUUUCCGCCAGCGCGGUCGCAGCGAAUACCUUCCUCCGCUCAGUUUUCGCAGGAUGCUUUCCGCUCUUCACCAGUGCCAUGUUUCACAACCUCGGAGUGCCGUGGGCGGCCAGUAUCCUGGGCUUUAUCUCUAUCGCCCUCAUUCCUAUUCCGUAUCUAUUUUACAUAUAUGGAAGACGGAUCCGUGCCCGCGGGAAAUGGUCUCGCGGAUCGCUCUAG